AUGUCUAUUCCAUUGACUUUAAGUACACCUAUUUUAUAUAUUGUUUCAAACUUAGGUUCAAAGUGUUAUUCGAAUGUCGACAGAAACUACUAUGACCAAAAGAUACUUAUGCGUAUAAAUAACACAUUCUCUGCUGGUUUGCCUAUUGUUCAUUCGAAUGCAGAGUUUUCAGCUUUAGUAAACUCAAACACUUUAGCAAACAUAAACUUAACCUUAGUUGACGCAAACUUUGUUCCUGUAAAACUUUUAUGUCCUAUGUAUUUGUCAAUGACGGCAGAAAGUUUCGAAUUGGAAGAUGCAACUGGUGAAAGUAUUGUAUUACAAGAACAACUUCAACAACAAAUAGCUCAAGAACAACAAAUGCAACAAAUAGCUCAAGAACAACAAAUGCAACAAAUAGCUCAAGAAUAA